GUUUGGGAAGGGAAGGGGGUGGAUCUCCGAGAAUCCAGCAGGAUCCGGCAAAAUCCAGCUUUUCCCCACACCCGCCGAAUGACCCACACCCCCGACGACAACGCAGCCGCGCUGAGCCAAUGUCAGGCGCUUGGUGGUGAAGAGGGACCGGGAGCCGGAGGAAGAGGAGGGCGAAAGGCGCCAGCCGGGCCCCCCUCCCCGGCAUGUAAACAAGCCGUGCGAGCGACCGAGGAAGGCUAAGCGGGGGGAGGGCGACGGCCAUCCAAGGGGGGCAAGAGGGGCGCCUGGAGCAUCCCCCCCCCGGUAACCUCUCACUCCCAUCAUCUCUCCUCUCCUCGCGCGGGCCCAGCGCCCGGUUUCCCAGAGGGAGAGACAAGGGGCGCGGAAUUGGAGCCAGUCGCACACCGAGGAGGAGGAAGAGGAGGAGGAGGAAGCGAAAGAAAGGCGGGCAGCAGGCGGUAGCCGCCGGGGCAGGAAAGGAUGGAUUUUCAGCAGCUGGCUGACGUUGCGGACAAAUGGUGCUCCAGCAACCCUUUCGAGCUCAUCGCCACCGAGGAGACGGAGAGGAGGAUGGAUUUCUACGCCGACCCCGGCGUUUCCUUUUACGUCCUGUGUCCUGACAACGGCUGCGGGGACAAUUUUCAUGUCUGGAGUGAAAGCGAGGACUGCUUGCCUUUCCUGCAAUUGGCUCAGGACUACAUCUCUUCCUGUGGUAAAAAAACACUCCAUGAAAUACUGGAAAAAGUCCUCAGAUCAUUCAGACCUCUAUUGGGGCUUCCAGAUGUAGAUGAUGAUGCAUUUGAGGAAUAUAAUGCAGAUGUGGAAGAAGAAGAAGCAGAAGCCGAUCACCAGCAAAUGGGCGUCAGUCAGCAGUAAUAUUCAGACGAAUUAAAUUUAUAUUUUAUCCUACCAGGAGUCUUAUGCUUCUGCAUUAGCAUUUUUUUAAUGAGUGCAUCACACUGGAAAAAUCUAACUCUCAAACCCAAAGCAUUAAAAAAGAAAAGAAAACAACAAUAUUUUUAAAAAUCUGUGAUGAGCAUUGCUAAGAAGUGGCCUGAAUUUAAGUCCUGCUUCAGUGAGAUUUCCAUGGCAUUUUCUCAGUAGCAUUCUGCUAUUGUUAAUUUAGAACUAGGAUUUUUUUUUUAAUCUUGCUGGCUUGUCUUUUUUGUUACUGUUAUUAUCAUAUUUUUGUUUGUUUGUAUAGGAGAAUUAACAUUUCAUUGAACUGAAUGUGAUUUGAAUGUAGGAACUGUUUGGUUGGUGUAUUAAGUACUUGUGUGACCUUACUGAGGACCAUCCAUGCAGAGAAUAAAUGCAAUCUGCACUUUCUGUUUUA